CUCUACAAAUUCUGUCCUAGUUCGGUUGAGUCCAGUACCAAUCCCUACGUGCUACGAAGGGUUGUUUUGGCGGUUUGGCAACCAGCCCUUCCUUCUAUGUUCCAAAAUCGAAGCUACAAGCUAGAAUAGGAGCAACGAACUCGGCGGCGUCUGCCACCGUGGGAAGCUGAUUCUCUCGGCUCUGCCAUCGCCAUAAUAAUUGAUUUGGAGUUUUACAGCUGAAACAGGUUAUGGGUCCUAAACAAUGCCAAGUCUGUAAUGAAGCACAAUCUAAGUACAAGUGCCCUUCAUGUCUUGCUCCCUACUGUUCUCUGGUUUGCUUCAAGAAACACAAAGAAAUCCCUUGUGCUAAGCCAGUGUCUAAAGAGGAAAAAUCAACUGCUGAUCCACAGUUGCCAGUAGAAAGGCCAUUAACAGUUGAUGAUGCUAGUGAGGUGCUGCAAAAGCCACAGCUAGAAUCUAUAGCUUCUUCCAGUGAAAUUCGCGAUGCUUUGAAGGAUGAAAGUCUUCGGAAACUUAUACAUAGUAUCAAUUGUGCACGAGAUCCUCAAAGUGAGCUUGACAAAGCUAUGGGAGGGGAGGCAUUCCGCAUCUUCACAGACAAGAUUUUAUCUGCCAUAGGUCAAUGACUGAAAGUGUUUUGACGGCAAAAGAAGAAUAUACUGGUUUUGCAGUUAAAGUUUCGGUUUUGGUGUGCAUGCUUAAAUCUCUGCUGCUCAGAGUGAGUUGAAUUACUGGAAGAUGGAAGAAAAUGGUGCAGGAUCUUAUGUUUGAUUUUCUUGUCCGCAAAAAAAUUGUCUCUACUGAGUUGUGCUGUACUGGACUAAAGACUGCCAAAAAUGGAUUUGCCCUGUAAACAAACCACAAGAAGUCUCUCUUUCCUCUUUCUUUCAGUAUGUAUAUCCUCUUCCGAGAGUUGGGAUUUGAAUAGUGGGCACUGGUUGCUAAAUUCAUGUUUUAACAUGGUAUGCAAACAUGUUAUUUCUUGUGUGGCCAA